UCGCUUUGCUCUCCCAGACCGACCUUUCUAGUUCCUUUCCCAAGAUCCUUUGCUCCCUUUUCCGACCGGGAGCUGCUAAGAUGGGACGCGUCCGUACCAAGACGGUGAAAAAAGCGGCACGGGUGAUCAUUGAAAAAUACUACACUCGCCUUGGAAAUGACUUCCACACAAACAAGCGCGUGUGUGAGGAGAUCGCCAUCAUCCCUAGCAAGAAACUGCGGAACAAAAUCGCUGGGUAUGUCACCCAUCUGAUGAAGCGCAUUCAAAGAGGGCCAGUCAGAGGUAUCUCUAUCAAACUACAAGAAGAGGAAAGAGAAAGGAGGGAUAACUAUGUCCCCGAGGUCUCUGCCCUGGAUCAGGAGAUCAUUGAAGUGGAUCCAGAUACCAAGGAAAUGUUGAAGUUGCUGGACUUUGGCAGCCUGUCCAACCUGCAGGUCACACAGCCUACCGUAGGGAUGAACUUCAAAACUCCAAGAGGCGCCAUCUAAAGCCAUUUCCGCAUUGUCACUUUUACAAUAAAUAUGUAGAAACAA